AUGCGUGUCCCAAGGCAUCAGGGGUCACCUCCUCCUGUCCAAGAUAUGCAAACAUUCGAGGACGACGAGACCUACUCCGAAACAUACCCCGAGGGUGGUAGAGAUGCAUGGCUCGUUGUGGCUGGCGCUUGGUUCGCCAUGAUCCCUUCCAUGGGUGUUCUCAAUACCUUGGCUGUCCUCCAAGCGUGGGUGUCGGAGCAUGAGCUGGACGGACUGCCUGAAUCCACCAUUGGAUGGGUCUUCAGUUCUUACGCUUUCUUUCUAUACUUUUGCGGUGCCCAAGUCGGCCCUAUCUUUGACGCUCACGACAUCCGAUUCCUCAUCAUACCGGGAAGUAUCGGGAUUGUGGCAGCUAUUUUGUUGAUGAGCGUGUGCAAAGAAUACUACCAAUUUCUGCUCACCUUUGGAGUACUCGGAGGUGCUUCAGCGUCCUUGCUCUUCAAUCCCAGCAUCGCCGCUGUAGGCCACUGGUUCUCCAAGCGACGCGCAUUGGCAACAGGGGUAGCAUGCACCGCCGGAGGCGUCGGCGGCGUCGUCUUCCCUCUCAUUAUCGUGUACAUGGCCCCACGCGUUGGAUUCCCCUGGGCGAUCAGGACGGUCGGAUUCAUCUGCGCAGCUGCGUCCGUAGGUGCGUGCCUGCUUUUGAAAAAGCGGCUGCCGCCCAACAAGAAGAGCGGCGCCGCUAUUGACUUAAAGGCGCUGGGCGACCCCAAAUUCGGUGCGACCGCCCUGGCUGUCUUCCUGAUCGAGUUCGCUGUCUUCAUUCCCUACACGUAUAUCUGCUCCUACGCCAUCCACGAGGGUCUCGGCUUGCAGCAGUCGCUGCUGCUCAAUGCCAUCGUCAACGCAGGCGCUAUUCCAGGGCGUGCCUUGCCGGGCUAUGUCGCGGACCGCUUUGGGCCCAUGAACGUCAUGUGCGUCACGGCGCUGGUGUGUGCGGCGUUCAUCUUUGCACUGUGGCUGACGGCGGUUGGAAGUGCGGGCGCGACCAUCGCUUUCGCUGUCCUUUUUGGCUUCUGGUCUGGCGCUGCCAUUAGCCUGACGCCCGUCUGCGUGGGUCAGGCUUGCAGGACCGAGGACUAUGAUAUCGUCGACUACCAUUCCAUCAAACUAGACUUCUGCAUUGAUUUUGAGUUCUACUUAUCGGCUGGUGGUCUUCGUGCGCCUUAA